AAACACCGGACAGGUUGACCAGGGGACAGGCAGCAACUGCCUGUAAAAGGGGUGCGCUUGGCUUUACAAGUGCUUCUUCCCCCUCGGGUUCUGGGUGCCCCUGUUUGGGUGAAACGAGCGAGAGUCAACAAGUGCGAGCAAUGAUUUGGCUUGUCACCACUCCUGUUUAAGUCAACUCGUCUGUUAGAUAUCUGCUGUAUGUACCUACAUAUCUGAUCGCCACACAGCGGAAAUCGAACGAGACAGUUGUCGCACGCGAGUUACGUUGGGGUGAGAUCCUUGAUACAUUCUGUGGUACCUCAUAGGGUGUGAAACCCGCGAUUUGGACUACGUUUUUGAAACCUGCUGGCUUUACCGCCUCCUCUUGUGUUUCGGAUACCUGUAAACUGAUAUCCGGUAGCGCAUUGGUCGGGACGACAAGAGUCGAGUUCUGUAUCUCCUGCGCUCUUCGACAAUCUGCUCCCCCAAGCCCCUCUUCGCGUCUAGUCUUCUAGCCCAAGAACAAAAAUAUCAACAAAACCGGAAGAAAUGGUCAGGUACUUAAGCGGGAACGGCGCAGUGUUCCACCACGCGCAGCUUCGUCGCAGCGUGUCCGCCUCGGAUUCCCCUUCUUGCACCGCGGCCGACCAGAAGAAAGAGACUUGCCCGGGCGGGAUCCUCCCUCCGCCCUUUCCCGGCCGCAGUGCCACGAUUGCCAGCAACACCUCCACCUCUUCCUCUCCCUCGAUCGCCACCACGGACACGGGCCUGAGCCACUUGAACCUUUCCCUCCUGGGGGGCUCCGUGUCCUCCUCGCACCUGGUGGGAGGGCAGGCCUCGCCCUACAUGCGCCAGGCACGAAAGGAUAGCUUGGGGAGCAGCAUCAGCAGCAUGGGGGGCAGCGAGGGGGGCUCUCCUCGGGUGACUCGGGCGGAGUGCGAAAACUGCGGCUACGUGUUUUUGUGCGCGUACUCCAAGGGCGGGAGCACCUACUGCUCUCUGGACUGUCGCACCACCCACAAUCUGUACGGCGUGGAAGACGCCUUCAACCACAUGGUCACUGGCACGUCCCUGGAUGCGGCGGCCCACUCCUUCUCUGUCACGCCCCAGAGGCAGGCUGUGUAUGCGCACCGACCGCCCCCUCGACAGCCUCUCCCGGGACCUCAGGGUAGCAGCGAGGCUCCGAGAGCCCGAAUGGACGCAGCGCGCUCCGUGGUGCGGCAAAGCGAGAAUAAACAGAAUGCGGCAGCUCAUGAAGACGUCAACAUGGGCGCAGGCACUGGCGUGUGCCCGUCUGGGGUGGGAGGGGGGGGAGGGCCGGACGCAGACGGAAGCCGUGCACGGACGGGCCAGGCGACCGGUCAGGUGGCCCCUGCGUCCAAAGAGGCGGAAGCACCCCCCCCUCUGGAGCCUCGAGCGGAGGGCAGAGAGGGUGUCCACAGCGCGAUGACGACGGCGGGUCUGCGUCGACCUCACGAAGGUCUGCCUAGUGAGGAGGAGAUGGCAACGCCGGCGCUCGCCUCGGACCUCAAAUGC